UCGCACAACCUCAAUACCGUGCGUGGCUUGCCUGGUAUACGAUUAUUUAAAAACGGGUUUCGAUUAAUUAAUGUUUUAAUAAUUUAUUUCAGAGGAACAAUCACCAGUGAAGGUACCCAUUGGGCCCUUAAACGAGGGAGCACCCACGUUUUCUUUCCCCCUAACGCUGUGUCUCAGCCCACAUCAAUAGUGGCCCACAGGUGGAAAUGCAGUGCACGUUCUCCCCCACUGCAAGAGCACGAGUCAGUUGUCAGUAAUGUUAUUGAGAUAUCAACCAAAACUGGCGAUGAACUGAAAUUCGACGCCAAAGCGAAGCUUGUUCUUUCUCACAGUGCGCCUGAUUUGCAGGGCUACGAACUAGUGAUAAAGAAGCUGAUCGAUUGGGAAAGCAAUGAAUGGGAAGAAGUGGAUGGAACUAAGGCAUUACAGUGUCUUAAAGGUUUGGAAACUGAUGCUUUUUGAAGAGCAGCCUACCCAUAGUAUUUACCCACUGUUUAAAGUAUGUCUUCACCUGUGAAAUGCUGUCUGUUCAAUGUUUUACGUUUACUACACGCAGUUUGUAUAUUUACAGAAGUCACAACGGCUUAUAGUCUUUCCACUCUGAAUUGUUUACAGCGGUCGAAGAGGACUUCUCGCCUCACCCGCGGGAUGUACCGGAAUUUUUCUUUCCCGUUGCUCAAGCUGACAUAACUGAGUGCUCAACAUACGCAGUUGUUUGUCGUCGCAAGCCUUCUCCAGCGUACGCCAUCACAUCCAACGGUGGCUCCUUUAGCCAUCCUGACUAUCCACGCGUGACAGUUACAAUCCCUGAGAAUGCUGUGACACCUGAAGCAAACAUUCCUCUGGUAUUGAAGGUAGGACGGUAUGAAUUAUCUCCAGAUCUUUUCUUGCUGUGGUUACAUGACCAGUUAAUGUUUCUAAGGAUAACUCUUACCAGGUCUCCAAACUCGACAGAAAUGUAAGAAUACAGCAGACGUUAGAUGAGUGAAAUUAGGCUCAUAAAAAGUGUUUUUGUCAUGUGGAGACUAUUGCGUUGUCAGAUAGAUAAGGUUUUGCUAUAGUCUCCACCGGAUAUGGUGUUCCUGGAGAAAAUGGUCUCUUUUUUCCUCUAAAACUCGAAAAAAUGGCAGCAAAUCUGACAGUAAGUUCAGGUUAAUUUAGUUGUGUUUUCUAUUAUCCCUUUAGGUGCAAGAAGUUCCAGGUGAAGAAUUUAAAGACCAAGACGUGUUUCUUGGACCAAUACUGCGUGUCUGCUGUUCCCAAAUCGUCGAAUUCUCGAAGCCCGUCACAAUUCAGUUGCCAGUGUCUCUUCGCAGCGACCAGGAAAAGAUUCCAGUCCCCUCGACAUGCCGUGUCAGAGUAUUGUUCUUAAAUUCUGAUGACGAAGAAAAAAAAUGGAUGGAAAUCACAGAUGGUCUUAAAUGUCCUGUACAUUUUGACGGGACAUUUGUUAGGUUCCAGGUAGAACGCUUCUCUGGGUAAGAAGACGUCCAAAUGUUGUAGUUGUUUUGUUGUUAAUGAAUUGGAGGUAAACUGAACUUUUGGUUAUGCUAAUGCAAGUUAGCAUACAUUGAAACUGUUGGAAUACUAAGCUACUAUGAGCUACUAUGAGCUUAUUGUUACUCUUUUUAACCUUUUUAAAUUCUGAUAAUACUUAUUUUUUGCAUAGCUUUUAUACUGUGUAUAGCUUAUGUGUGCUUUUAGUUUGUAGUUUUGUGUGUAGUACUUAGUAAUGUUUUUCUCUCGUUAAAUUAAGUUUGAGUCAGCUGAUUAACCGCCUUAGUGUAUCCCCAUAGUUUUAAAGUGGUAUUUAAGUAAUGAAGAUAUAUCAACUCGCGUCUUUUAGCUGUGCAAUUCAAAGUCAAAAUCAUUCUGUCUGCAAAAGUAAUUCAAUUUCCCCUCUAUGUCUCUUUUAGAUACACUUGCGUUUUUGAAUGGUACAAAGAGGACGUCAGCGUUUCUGGAGUAAUAACGUACUUGACAAGCCUUAUUUGGAAGCAGCCAUUACUUGGCGUUUUCUUCUCCUAUUUCAAUGAAUUCGAUCGUGCUUAUUCUCAAGAUGUUCUCCAUCUUAUCUGCUGCCCAGCGCACAUGAGAGAAAGAGUAGUCCAAGAGCUAGAAAACGCAAACGUGGUUCCAAGUGAGGAAAAUUCACGGAAAAAGCUGAUACCGGGGCAUGACAAAGCAUUCGUGUUUGUAUCAGGAGGAAUAACCCCAGCUGAAAUAGAAAACAUGAAAGAUUUCCAUCUCAUGUAUGUACGGGCGCCGUUACACAAGGCAGGUUUUUGA